AGGCAAAAAAGGAUGAUUUGAGGAAUUGCCUAAUGCGGCAACAGACUAACUGUAUUUGUACAGGGUCAGUACUGUGUGAUCCAAUCUUAGUCUUCCUCCGUACACUACGGACUCGGGAGCCAGAGCAGGGCAGAUCGAUGGAUCUUUCCUUACCAGUGGGAUGCACAGCAAACAUAGCAUACUGGGCAAUUAGUAUGGGGGCUCAGAAGGGAAGGUUCCGAUUUGUUGCCCCGUUUUGUUACCCAUCUCAAAAAUGCUCCGCUGUCUGGUCUCUCGCAAUGUCUCCCUCUUGCUUUUGCCACCUGGCCGUCUUCCUGUUGCUCCUUCUUCUUGUAGUUGAGUUCUGUUUGUUUCUGAAAAAAGCAGAAAGGUCUGUUCGUCAGCGGAAGAUACCCAGAACACACCAGCACCUCUCUAUCAUCCAUCGCAUCAGUACUAAGCAGCAUAGCAAAUUUGCUUUCCAACCAACCAACCUUCCUUCCUGCCUUUUCCUCUCUUAGAACAGAGAAAAACAAUUAUUUUCUCCAUAAUAUAGAUAUAUAAGAGUCUCACUUUUCGCCAUUAAUAUUGAACCACGUUCAGUCUAUCUUUGUCUUUGAAAAAAUACCAUUCCUAUAAUUUUCUAAACCUGUUUCCAAUUAU